GGUUUGUUUAGAUCAGGGAUGCCGUGGUGGCGGCCCGCGGGCCGGAUCCGGCCCGAAUUGACAUCACAUUCGGCCCCGUUACAUCAGUGGUUGGGAAGAGUUUUUUUUUUUUUUUUAUAAAUUGUAUACGUUUUUUUUUUUUUUAUAAAUAAAAUUAUGAUACAAUAUCAACAAAUGUAAAUGUACUUUUGUUUUUUAUCCUUACUUAAUGGUUUUAAGUAUAAUGAUUAUUUUUAAUUAUUUUCCACGUAAUCCAAGUUGGUCUUGCCCGUCUCAGUUGCAGCGUGUGCACUGACCAACGUUCUAAGGAACACGUGGCUCCCGCUCGAUCCACACGUGGCUCCCGCUCGAUAUCAGUCAGGAUGUUAUCAAAGAAGCGGAAGGUUGACUCUGAAUGUCGUGUCUUUCAGGAGAAAUGGAAAGAAAAGUAUUUCUUUUGGGAAGUGGGGGGCAAACCUGUAUGUUUAAUUUGUUCGCAACAAGUGGCUGUGCCAAAGGAGUACAACAUCAGACGACAUUACGAGACCCAUCAGGAGAAGUACAACGAGUACACAGGGCCACGCAGGGCACAAAAGCUAAACGAGCUAGCCUCAUCCCUCAGAAAACAGCAAUCCGCUUUCUCGAAAUGCCGAGAGACAUAUGAAGGGGCAGUGAAGGCGAGCUAUGUCAUCGCAUGGGAGAUAGCUAAAGCUUCCAAGCCUUUCUCUGAGGGGGAAUUCGUGAGGACGUGCAUCACAAAGGCAGCCGAGCUAGUGUGUCCAGAAAGUCGACAAGCCCUAGCGAACAUCAGCUUAUCCCGACCUACAGUGACCGAGAGAGUGGAAGAGCUCUCCAGCGACUUGCGCAGCCAACUUAAAGAGAAGAUAAAGUCAUUCAUCGCGUUCUCUAUUGCCCUUGACGAGAGCACUGAUGUGACUGAUACGGCCCAGUUGGCGAUAUUUAUUCGCGGAGUGGAUGCUGCCUUGAAUGUCACGGAGGAGUUUGUUUCCGUGGUACCCAUGACAGACACGACUACAGCUAACGACGUGUUCGUUAGCCUUGUCGGGGCCCUUGACAAUCUGGAGGUGGACUGGAGUCGCGCUGUCAGUGUGGCUACGGAUGGUGCACCUUCCAUGGUAGGAAGAAAGGCCGGGGUGGUCGUGAAGUUGAGAGAAAAGGUACGAGAGGCAAACCCAGACCAGGUAUUCUGGAACUUUCACUGUAUUUUACACUAAGAGGCGUUGUGCUGCAAAAGUCUGAAAAUGGAGCAUGUUAUGAGUGUUGUUAUUGCCACUGUCAAUUUUAUCAGGGCCAGAGGGCUUAACCAUCGGCAAUUCGAUGCAUUUUUAUUUGAAAAUGACAUUCACCAGGGCCUUCCCUAUCACACCGAUGUGCGUUGGUUGAGCCGAGGCGCAGUGCUCAAACGGUUCUACAAAUUACGCAAAGAGAUAGACGAGUUCAUGCAGGCUAAAGGGAAGCCUGUGGAGGAAUUGGACGACCCCGAAUGGAUCAGAGACCUUGCCUUCUUAGUGGACAUUACCGAACAUUUAAACGUCUUGAAUGUUACUAUGCAAGGUCGCAACAAACUCGUUACCGAGUAUUAUGACAGUGUCCGUGCCUUUCAAAAUAAACUUGCGUUAUGGAAGGCACAGCUCAGCCAGCGCAAUGCAGCCCAUUUCCCAUGUUUAAAAUCUCUGUCUGUCAACCAUCAGAGCAUGGUCAAGUAUGCAAGCUUGCUUUCCGGCCUCAUGCACGAGUUUGACUCACGAUUCACGGUUUUCACUGAACUGGAAAAGGACUUUGCGCUUUUUCGCUCUCCAUUCACGACGGAUGCUUCCGAGGUCCCAGAGGGGAUGCAAAUGGAACUGAUAGACUUGCAAUGCUGUGCGCGGUUGAAAGAUGCGUAUGCAUCUACUGGUAUUGAAUCAUUUUACCAGUCUUUGCCACCCGAGUACCCAAUUAUCACUGCCUUUGCAGGUAAAAUCCUCUGUAUGUUUGGCACAACAUAUUUAUGCGAGCAGGCAUUUUCAGUAAUGAAUUUUAAUAAAUCGAAAGUGCGCAAUCGCCUGACACAUGGACAUCUCAAUGAUGUCAUGAAAAUAGCCACGGCCCAGAGCCUGUCCCCCAAUGUGGACAAGCUGGUGAAAACUAAAAGGCUUCUGGCUUCGACAUGUAAAAUGUAGCUGGCUUCCUCAUGUUUCAUAGUGCAGGGAAGUAAUGAUGGGGAGGAAAUAAAGGAGAUAGGUAUGUGGAAAUAUUUGUGGGAGUUGAUUGACAAAGUUAAUGUGCUAUCAGUUGCUUGUUGUAAUGUUGUAAUAUUUUUUUUAUUAUUAAUUUCUACUUAAUAUUUAGUCACCUGACCUGUUUGAGUACUUAACCUUGGUACAUAUUUUGACUUCUUUAGGCCUUGGCUACUUAGCCUGGCCAUCUUUUUAAUUUGCCUAAUUAGGCCUGUGCAUCCAGAUGAUUUUAUGUGCAAGUUGUCAAUAAAUUUGAUGAAAGUAA